AUGGUACGUGGUUAUGGUGGCCCAGUGGGAGCACAGCGACGUGGAAAAGCUUAUCGUGGUGGCUUGGGCGCUCUGUUGGGAAACCCGAAGCAACCUGCUAAACCUGCAAAAUGGAAGCCUCCCUCUCUGGAUCGAUACAAAAUUAACGUGGACGGUGUUGUGUUCAAGGAGCAACGUAUGGCCGAUGUGGGGAUCUUGAUUAGGGACGUUGAGGGUCAUCUAAUCGGUGCAUGUAGCAGGAAGUUUGAAGCUCCUUUGGGUGUCGUCGAAGCUGAAGCCAAGGCCAUGGAGUUGGGUCUUCUGUUUGCAAGGGAUUUGUCCAUUCAAGAUUUCACUCUUGAGAGUGACUUGUUAACAUUGAUUAAUGCGCUUCAAGACAUGUCUCCUCCUCCAUCAUCAUUAGCAGCGCUAGUCUAUAGUUCAGUUGCCAUGUCCCAUUCUUUUAGAUGUGUAGAUUUCUCAUAUGUAGGUCGUAAUGGCAAUAGGCCAGCCCAUUUACUUGCAAGACAUGCAUUAGGCAUUGCUGAAUUAUCUGUUUGGGUUGAAGAAACUCUUUGUUUCCUUGAACAAGCUCUCAACCAGGAUGUAGUUGCUACCUCUAUUGAUUAA